CUGUUGACCGUUCGCUAAUGGGCGAUUAUUGCAUACGCAAAACUCGUCUUAUCACUUGCGCGCACACAUCAGACCUUCAUCAACAGAAUACGUCGAACAUUGACGUAAUAAGCAAGGCGAUCGGUUUGCAAAAUUUGUUACUUAAGUUCCAUUUUUGAGCAUAGUUGCAUUGAAAGGUGUCUAAAAUGUCUCUGAUGACCACGGCUCGACAGCUGGCUCGGUUUACCGGCCGGACACAGAUGCUGACCAAGUGCUUGGCAACAAAAAUGGUGCACACUGAAACGCAGAACUCGGCCACCAGCGGUGGUGAGCGCGCCAGAUUCCCUGGUGCGCAAGCGGCUUUCGUGGACAAGCCACUGAUGUCGCUGCCGGAGAAUUCCGAACCCAUCCCAAUCUACCGGGCAAUGAAUGCUGAUGGUGUGUUUGAAGACCCAGCGCAGGAUCCUAACCUGAGUCGCGAAACGGUUCAGAAGAUGUUCCGCGAUAUGGUUCUGCUGAACACCAUGGACAAGAUCCUGUACGAGUCCCAACGGCAGGGUAGGAUCUCGUUCUACAUGACAAACUUUGGCGAAGAAGCCAGUCAUAUCGGUAGUGCUGCUGCCUUGAGUCCCGAUGAUUGGGUCUACGGACAGUACCGAGAGGCCGGAGUUCUGGUAUGGCGUGGGUUCACGAUUUCGGACUUCAUCAACCAGUGCUACGGUAAUCGAGAAGACGAGGGUAAAGGUCGUCAGAUGCCGGUCCACUAUGGAUCCAAGAAGUUGAAUUUCGUUACAAUCUCGUCACCGUUGGGAACUCAGAUUCCGCAAGCCGUUGGUGCGGCCUAUGCCUUCAAGCGCCAACCCAAUAACGAUCGAUGCGUGAUCACCUACUUUGGGGAAGGCGCUGCAUCCGAAGGAGACGCCCAUGCCGCCUUCAACUUUGCUGCUACGCUGGAUUGUCCGGUAAUUUUGUUCUGCCGUAAUAACGGGUUUGCCAUUUCGACCCCCUCGAAGGAACAGUAUCGGGGAGAUGGAAUCGCUGGACGUGCCGCUGGCUAUGGAAUUGCUGCGUUGCGAUUUGAUGGAACGGAUAUCUUUGCGGUCUACAACGCCACGAAACAGGCUCGGGAGUACGUGCUAAAGCAUAACAAGCCUAUCGUGCUGGAAGCGAUGCAAUACCGAAUCUCGCAUCAUUCGACCUCGGACGACAGUUCGGCGUACCGUCCGGCCGAAGAGCUCGAAAUCUGGAACACGGUCGAGCAUCCCAUAUCCAAGCUGAAGAACUACAUGAAGCAGCGCGAUUGGUUCAACGAGGAAGAAGAGGAGAAAUACGUGAAAGCGAUUCGCAAACAGGUGCUCGCCCAGAUCAACCAAUCGGAGAAGAUUCCCAAACCGGACUGGCGCGAGGUGUUCCAGGAUGUGUACCACGAAAUGCCGACCCACCUGAAGGAGCAGAUGAAACAGAUGGAGGAACACGUGGAGAAGUAUAAGGAGCACUAUCCGCUGAACGAUUUCAAAAACUGAAGGCUUGAAAGGAUCGAGCUUAAGCUUUUAUUGUCCCCGGGUGGCAGUGAAUAAAGUGCAUUUAUUAAUUUGUUAAGAUUCUCAUGAUGCUAUUGUAUGUCUUCCAGGCUGCUUAUAGUUAAUAGCGGCGUUUCGAAACAAUAAACAUUUUCUACCGUUUUAUCUUA